AAUUAUCGUGUAUACGAAAUUUUUUUUUGUCCAAAUGGAAAUAUUAUUAUCUUAUAAAAUUUUAUCUACAAAACAUAAAUAAUUACCGUCCAUUAUCACGUCAUUAAAUUAAAUAGUAAUUUUAAAAAAAGUAAAUACAUAAAAAAACUUAAACUUCAGCCGUCCGUGAUAACAUUGAGGGCUUUGAGUAAAUUUAUUUAAUCCUGUCAUUUAUAAAUAACAUGUGUGCACAGUGUAAAUUAAAAUAGUGUCAAAAAAAAAAUUAUUUAGAUAUUGAAAAAUAUUAUAACCUGACAUUAAAUAAUUAAAUACAUAUAUAAUUAUUAUUUAAAAUAGAUAAGCAGAAGUUUAUUUAAAAAAGAUGGAAUCCAGCAGUGAUUAUAACAAUGCAAAGUUUAAAGAUACAGAAAUAAUUAAUCAGUCUAAAGAUUCUGACACCGGUACUGCUGGAGAUGAGACAAUGAGUCUGGGUAUUCUCAAUGAAUUCAAAGAAUUGUAUGAAAAAAGAAUAGCUGACAUUGAUCCUAAUGAUGAUAAUAAACUGGAGCUUAAGAUUAAAAUAAUGAGAGAGUGGAUCGAAAAUUUAGAGGAACAAAAUAAAACAUUAGUUCAUAUUGUUUAUGAGCUAGAAGAAGCUAGUUCUUGUAAAGUUAAAAUGCUUGAAGAACAGAUGAAACAUUUGUUUGUGUUGUCGGAAAAUAUGUCUAGUAUUACGAAGCCAUCGCAACAAAGUCUUGAUGAACUUUCGGAUAGAAUAAGUCAUCUAGAAAGGGAUGAAAAAAUAUUACAGCAAAGAAUUCAAUAUUUACAAAGUGAUAUCAGAGGAUUAUUGGAACUAAUACGACGUGCACAAGUCGAACAUUGUUGGAGACUUGAUGGGAUUAAUUUCUUUGAGAUAAGACCAAGUGACAUUCCACUCUCGAGCAACAGUAUGUAUGAACAGGUAAAUGGAGGAGAAAAUACUGACAAGAAAGCCAAGAAAGGAGACUUGAAAAGUACUGAGUUAACAAAGCAACGGGUGCAGUUUGAUAGAAAUCAAAGAAAGUCACAAGAAUACCCGCAGGAAUUAGAGGAAAAAAUCGACUGGUUAAAUAAAAAAUUAAAAAAUCGAGAGAUAAAAAUUCAAAAAUCAGUUUCUAAAUUUGAAAUUUUAAAGGAAAGUUUAAUAAAUAAUUCAACAAUUAAUUCUGUUGAUAAAAAUAAUAUUAUUGAAAUGUUAGAUACUGUAAAAAAUGAACUAAUAGAUGAAAAAUAUUUAGAAAAUGUACAAGAUGAUAAAGCACUUAGUGAUAGUACCGUCCAGAUUGACAAUAAUGUCGAUACCUUUAAAAUAAAAAAUAAAUUAGAUGAAAAAACGAGAGAGAUUUUACGACUGACCCAUCAAUUAAAUUCUUUAGAAAAAGAAUCAAUAGAAUCUAGAGAAGCUUUAACUGCUGAAGUAGCUGAGAAACAUGACGUAAUAAUAAAUCUUAAAGACCAAGUGACUUACUUAGAGGAACAACUUCGACAAGCAAAUGUACAGCUGCAAUUUAAAAAUAAUAUUAUUAAAGAACUACGUAAAGAUUUAGUAUUGAAGAAUACUCUUCCAGGUACACCAAGAAAAGUUAAUUCCAAUGCUCUUGCAGAGAAAGUCAGUUGGAGUGAUGAUAUGUCAGAUGAAGUUUCAAAUAAAAAUCUAACGAAGGACAAAUUACUAUCAAACUUUAUGAGUUUCAAAACUACGUCAAAAAAUGAAUAUCGAAUUUUAAUGGAUACAAAAAAAGAACUCGGAGAUAUUUUUAAUUUUAUUAAUGCCAUAGAAAAAAAAAAUCAUGAAGAAACUGCAGUGAGUGUGAUAACUGAGAAGGAUGAAUGUAAAAAAUCUGAAGAAUGUUCAAAUGAAUUGAUAAGGAAUGCGGAUAAAGUGACGGAAAUUAUAACGACAUUAUCUAAAUUGUGUAUAGACAAAAAUGAAGGAUUUCUGCAACUAGAAUUCGCUCUACAGGAUAUUCGUGAAAAAAAUGAGCGCCUCAGAAAUUUUGAACUGGACGAAAAAAUCCUGCACAUUCCAGAACUAAAUCGUCAGCAAUUUAAUGCAAUGGAAGAAUUUAGAAUUUGUACAGUAGAAGCCCAAGCUGCGACAGAAGAUUUACGUGAAGAAAUGAGUAAUGUAAUAUGUAAUUUAUAUUGUCGGCAUCAAUUGUUUGUCGAUUUAGGUAAAUCAAUGACUAAAAUAAAUGACGUUAUUGGUAAGACGAAAGAAAAUUUAUCGACUGUGAUGAAAUAUUUAAAAGUUCAAGUUGAAGAAAAGACUGUCAGUAAAAAUACAAUAGCCACGAGAGAAGUAAAAUUGAAAGAUAUUAAAAAUGAAGUUAAUGAAACACGUGCCAAAUUGAUAAGUUCAGUAACUGAUGAGCAUAAACAGAUUUCAAUAAAUGAAACCGAUAACACGGAUGUCGAUGUCUGUGAUAGAUUACUCAAUAAAGCGAUAGACGAAGUUGAUUAUAUAUUGUGCAAUUUGGGUAUAUUUAUUUCAAAAGAGGAUUACGCUGUUAUCCUUUUGACGGGAUUAAAUGAUCAAUUGCUUUGUGUCGAAGAAAAUCUUGGGGAAUUAUCUAAUCACAUUGAUCGAGCACUGCAAGAUAAUGAGGCAUCACAAAUAACAUUCGAUGAAAAGGGAAAGAGAUUAGAUAAAUUAGAACGAGAAUUAGAUUACGCACAUACUAAAAUGCAGGAGGCUUUAGAGAGCAUUGUUUUGAUAAGUCAGCAGCAUGACAGUGAAAAUUAUUCCGAAUCUAGUAACAAUUCCAUUAAUAAUCAAAACGAUAAAAUAACUUCGAAUAAAAAUGAUGAUUAUUCACAAUCUACUAGCGCCGAUAAUAAUGAAUUAGAUCAACUUAAAAAUUCAUUAUGCUCCAAGGACAAACUCCUCGAACAUAAGGACGAGAUAAUUCGUAUUCAGAAAGAUUCUAUUGAAAUGACCCAAGACGAGCUAAGAGAUUUACGUAAAAGAUUGCAGUCAAAGGUCGAUGAACAAACUGUUGUUAUAAAUCAAUACUGGCAAGAGCGAAAUAAUUUAUUAGAACAGACUAAACUACAGAACCAAACGAUAAAACACUUACAGGACGCUAUUGUUAGUGCGAAAAAAAAUCUAAAUCGUCAACAACAGCCGCAAAAAUCAACAAUCGAUUUGACUGUCGGUGACGUAUGGAGUCCAAUUACACCGACUGUGUUCAAUAAUGAUGACGUUCAUGACAUUUAAAGCUUCAUUGAAUCCAAUUAAAUUAUAUAUACACAUAUAAGUACAUUAAUUGUAAUCUACAAAGUAUAAUUA